UCAUCAGUGUAGGUGAUUCAAAAAGUUUAACCAUCUAGCUUUCCAAUUAGGAUUCAAAUAUGCUCAAGAAACCCCGCAAUCUUGUUCUUUCUGUCUUUUUUCUGUUUCUUUCUUCAUGGAUUUGCUUGGCCAUGGCACAAAACAAAACCACUACUAUAAUACCAGUGAAUGUAGGUGUUGUUCUUGAUAUAAAUCAGGACUAUGGGAAGAUUUGGUUGAGUUGCAUCAAACUGGCGCUCUCAGACUUCUAUGCAUCUCAUGCUCACUACAAAACAAGGCUGGUCUUGAACAUUAGGGACUCCGAGAACAACGUUGUACGAGCAGCUGAUGCAGCUCUAGAUUUGAUAAAGAAUACACAAGUGGAAGCCAUUUUAGGACCCGUGACAUCGAUGGAUGCGAGCUUUGUUAUUAAUCUGGGCGACCAAGCUCAAGUGCCAAUUAUUUCAUUUUCUGCAUCAAGCCCAUCUCUUACUUCACUCCGCAGCUCCUACUUUUUCCAAAUUACACAGGUUGACUCAUCCCAGGUGAAUGCCAUAAGUGCUAUCGUUCACAAUUUUGGAUGGAGACAAGUUGUAGCCAUCUAUGUAGACACAGAAUACGGGGAAGGAGUCAUACCUUUUCUAACUGAUGCAUUGCAAGAGGUUGAUGUUGGUGUCACCUAUCGAAGUGCAAUUUCCCCAUUAGCCACCGAUGAUCAAAUUCUUCAAGAACUAUACAAGUUAAUGACAAUGCAAACUAGAGUCUUCAUUGUGCAUAUGAAUCCGAAUCUAGGUUCUAGGCUCUUUGCCAAGGCAAAAGAGAUUGGAAUGAUGAGUCAAGGAUAUGUCUGGAUCAUGACUAAUGGGUUAGCCAAUCGGUUAACAUCGAUGAAUUCUACAGUCAUAAAUUCCAUGCAAGGUGCACUAGGUGUGCAAACAUACUUUGCUCAGACAAUGGAGCUUGAAGAAUUCAACUUCCGGUGGAAGCAACAAUUCCUGCAAGACCAUCCAACUCUCAUUGAUGCUGAAUUGGAUAUCUUAGCACUAUGGGCUUAUGAUGCAGCUUUCGCACUAGCCAUGGCAAUCGAAGAAGUGGGGAUCACAAGUACUGUCGACUUAUUCCGAAAGAAAAAAUCCUCCUUCAAUUUGAUAGAUCUUGAGAACAUUGAGAUUUCCAAGUAUGGUACGGACCUCUGCCGAGCCCUUUCGAUGACUAGAUUUGAAGGCAUGGCUGGAAAUUUCUACAUUGUUGAUGGUCAACUUCAGUCAUCAACCUUUCGUAUAGUGAAUAUAAAUGAGGAUGGAGCAAGAGAUAUUGGAUUUUGGACACCACAAAAUGGACUCGUGAACAAAUUGAAUUCGGCAAACACAAGCACACUUUCAACUAAUUCGAAGUCCAACCUUAAAGCUAGUGUUAUAUGGCCUGGAGAUUCUCUCUCUUUUCCCAAGGGAUGGGAGAUCCCAACAAAAGGCAGAAAGUUGAGAAUAGGAGUUCCUGUUAAUGUCGGUGUUCCUGAGUUUGUUAAGGUCACAAAAGAUCCAAGCACACAUACAACUGAAGUCACAGGGUUUUCUAUUGACGUCUUUAAGGCUGCAAUAGAGGUAUUGCCAUAUUCUCUUCCGUAUGAGUUCAUUCCCUUUGAAAAUCCUACUGGCUCCAUUGCCGCAACUUACAACGAUUUGUGCUAUCAAGUAUAUCUUGGGAACUUUGAUGCCGUGGUGGGAGAUGUAACAAUCAGAGCAAAUAGAUCAUUAUACGUGGACUUUACAAUGCCAUACACAGAAUCGGGCAUAGUAAUGGUUGUGCCAAUCUUCGACACUUGGACCAACAAUGCAUGGGUAUUCUUGAAACCUUUGACAUGGGAUCUAUGGCUAACAACAUCAUGUUUCUUUGUUUUAAUCGGUUUCGUGGUUUGGGUUCUUGAACAUCGAAUCAAUGAAGAUUUUCGUGGCCCUCCCUCACAUCAAGUUGGCACUAGCGUCUGGUUCUCCUUCUCAACCAUGGUGUUUUCACAAAGAGAGAGAGUGGUCAGCAACUUGGGAAGAUUUGUGAUGAUAAUAUGGGUAUUUGUUUUGUUAAUACUGACACAAAGUUACACGGCUAGUCUAGCUUCACUAUUAACAGUCCAACAACUUCAACCAACUGUUACCGAUAUAAAAGAUCUUUUAAGGAAGGGAGAAAACGUGGGAUAUAGGAGUACUGCUUAUACUUAUGAUCUAUUGAAACAAGUAGGUUUUGGCGAUUCCAAGCUUAAAGGCUUUACUACUGUUGAAGAAAUUCAGGAAGCUCUUUCAAAAGGGAGCCCAAAUGGUGGUAUUUCUGCUUUUGUUGACGAAACCCCAUACACGAAGCUUCUUGUAGCCAAAUAUUGUUUGAAAUUUACCAUGGUUGGACCUAUCUUCAAAACUGUUGGGUUUGGCUUUGUGUUCCCAAAACGUUCCCCUCUUGUACCUGACGUAUCACAAGCAGUGCUAAACGUGACCGAAGGAGAGAAGAUAUUGAACAUUGAAAACAAAUGGUUCAAUAAACAAGAAAGCAAUUGUCAAGACUCUAGUACCCAACCAGUUUCCAGCAACAGUCUUGGGCUUGCCAGCUUUUGGGGUUUAUUCUUGAUUGUGGGGCUGGCUUCCAUACUCGCACUCAUCAUCUUUAUAGUUUGCUUUCUUUACGAGCAUAGAAAUAUGAUUCCCUCUGACUCGGGUGCCUCUAGAUGGAGAAGGUUGCAGAUCAUGUUCGAAAUCUUCAAUCAAAAGGACCUUGACUCUCAUACUUUUAAAACAAGUCGACAACGAGAUUCAGUUCAAGCCCCAGUAAGUAACACCUUCGAAGUAGUCGACUACAAUUCAAACCAGACAGAGAUACAUUCCGUAUCUUUUGAAGAACAAGAAAUACCAUCAACUGAUCAAGACUCGAUAGAAGUAGCCACUGAGGUUGCUAUUACAAUUCAAGAAAUCCAAGCAACUACUCUUACAAUAAUUUGUAAUAGUAUGCAAAACGUGCAUGAUUUUUCAAAGGAAUUGAAGUAA